AUGGCCACAGUUGCGCGAGCAGAUGGCUACAAUGGAACCCGACUUCCUUUGCGCGAGGCUCGUCCAGGUAGACAACAGGUGCCCAGCAGGUUACCAGACGAGCACGUCAAUCGCAAGGACAACACAUUGAACAUCGAGCAUUUCAUAUCUGAGAAGCGGUCAGGGCUUGAUCACGGUGUUGUCACUCCCAGGAAGCCAGACAGCGACAAGCUGACGGCCAACAGAGUUGUCAAGGAUCAGAGAAUCUUCUCCAACGGCAACUCCUACGUUGGCACAUGGCUCAAUGGCCGAAUGCAUGGCGAGGGCCAUUACAUUUGGAGCGAUGGCAGCGAGUACUUCGGCGAGUUUCAUGAGGGCUACAUGUGGGGCAAUGGCAAGAAGACUUGGCCCACUGGUCGUACAUACGAUGGUGAGUGGCGGAAGGACCAGAUGUGGGGCGACGGCAAGAUGACCUGGCCGUCCGGAGAGGAGUACAUAGGCACCCUGAAGAAGGGUGUGUUCCAUGGCAAGGGAACUCGCACCUGGCCAAACGGAGAUCGCUACGCCGGGAAUUUCAAGCAUGGUAUGCAGGAGGGCGAGGGCAUCUUCGAAAGUGCAGAGGAGGGCUGGGUGUACAGCGGCCAGUGGCUCCAGAAUCGGAUGAAUGGCCGGGGAAAGGUGAAGUGGCCUAACGGCAUUGAGUACGAUGGCGAGUGGAAGGACGGCAUCCGAGAGGGCAAGGGCAAGCUGACCUGGGCCGAUGGAUCUUGCUACAAAGGAGACUUCCAGCACAACUGCAUAGAGGGCAAGGGCAAGAAAACUUUGCCAGAUGGCUCUUGGUUCGAGGGGCAAUUUCACGAUAGUGAGCUGGAGGGGCGCGGCACCUUCCAUUGGCCUGAUGGUACUGAGUUUGAGGGCCUCUGGCACAACAGCGAGAUCGUGGGUCCUGGCUGUCACAGGUUCCCCAAUGGCACCAUGAUCACCGGAGUCUUCGAAAAUCACGGAGCUACCGGUGAGGGCACCAAGAAAUGGGCUAAUGGAUGCACAUACACAGGCACGCUCCUGAACAACAGCAUUCACAAGUACGGCGUGUUCCAAUGGCCCGACGGACGGCGCUACAUUGGCCAGUUCCAGGAUGAGAUGAUGCACGGCGAGGGCAUGCUUUGCUGGACCGAUGACUUUGGCGUGUGUCGGUACAAGGGUUCCUUCGAGCACAACGUGUUCCAGGGCCACGGAGUACUGGAAUGGUCCGUGAAGGCCAGAUACGUCGGUGAGUUCUUCAACGGCUUGUACCAUGGUGAAGGCACCUUCGAGUGGCCAGACAAGGCAAAUAUCUACCGUGGCCAGUGGCAAUUCGGAGAGAUGAGCGGCCAGGGAACCUUGACAACCAGUUGCGGCUCCAUUUAUUCGGGCGAGUUCCAUGCUGGCAACAUGGAGGGCCGUGGCACGAUCACUUUCAUCACCAACGACCAGUACACCGGCGAAUUCAAGGACUCUCUAUUUAAUGGCCUGGGCUGCUACACGUGGUCUUCGGGCGUCACGCUCACAGGAGUCUUUGAAAACAACGUUUGCAGCAAGGUCGGAAAGAAGACGUACACCAAUGGUCUGAUGUACGUCGGGGAGCUCUUGGAAGACCAGGAGCAUGGCCGUGGCGUCCUCACCGACCCCAGUGGAACGCGGGUAGUUGGCGUGUGGAACAAGGGCAGGCUAGAAGAGGAGCUGAUAGAGAUGAUCGUGUCCGCUGCAGAGGUGGAUCCCCGUGGUCCAUCCGAGCAGAGAGUCUUCGUGGCAUCCAGGCGGCCGGAUGCGAUUCCGCAAACGUAG